AUGAGUGAUCCUUACGAUUGGCCAUUCCCAAGUAGGAAAGAUUUGAUGUAUUUAUCAUCAAUAAGUAUAAACUGUGGAGUAUAAUUUUAGAUAAACGAGAUGUAGGGACAGUUAGACCUGAUAAAUUAACUGGAUAAGAUUUUAAUCUCUAAACAAAAGACAUAGAUGGUAACUGAAUUUUCAAAGUAGGUGCUUAACCAUGUAUGAAGCCAUAUAAAUUUACAAAUAAACCAGACUUUACAAAUACAACAAAUGAUAUUGCAGGUACACGUUCAAAGGUAUUGAUUCCUUAAAUUGGAAGAGAUGUAUAAAAUAAUAUUAAUUAAAAAGGGAUUCUCUCUAAAUAAUCGUGAUAUCAAAGGUGCAUAUCCUUAAUUAAACAAAUUUUAAACAACUAGACCUCCGACAAAUCCAGUAGAUCCUGUAUAUGUUUUACCAAAAGCUGUACCUGUAGAACCUUUGCAACCAAAAUUUAUUAGAGAUUAAAUAAAUAUUGAUGUAUAGAGAAUUAUUAUGAAAAGGAUAUUCCAGGAACAAAACCAAAUCCUCCUGCAGCAAAAUUAAGAAAAACUGUACAUAUUUUUGAUGAAGUUGAUGGAGCAAAAUCAAAACCUGCAUUUAUGCCUAGAGAUCAUAUGGAAAUUAUGGAUGUUAAAGAUAUUAAUGAAUACAGAGUCUUUAAAUCAUCUCGUGUAACUAAUCCAUUAGAACCUGAAUAUUAAUUAAAAGAUGUUGAAGGUUAACCAGCUAAUUUAAAAUAUGGAUUUGUUAAUGGAAGUAAAAGCAGGGUCUUACAUCCUUAAAUGAACUUUAAUACUAAAAAUUUAGAAACUAAUGAUAUAGAAGGUUGUCAUGUAGGAGCUAUCAGUGAUCAUUUUCUAAUGAGAUAAAAAAGAUAAUAAUUUAGAGUUAUUAAUGAUACUAAAGAUGUACCUGGAGCUUAGGUUGGCACUUUAAGAAAAGGCUUACUCAAUCAAAGAGGUACCAAUCCUUUGACUCCUGAAUAUUAAUUAUUGGGAAGAAAUGAAAUUUAUAAUUAAAAUCUACCACGUACAGCUUUUGAAAGUAAUCGACAAAAUUAAGGAUGUGAUAAACCAAAAACUUAAUAAUCUUUAAGAUCAAAUUCAUUAAAUAAAAUAGAAUAACCAUUAUCAACAGCCUAAAAAUUUGAUUAGUUUAUAAAGAAAUGA